AUGUCUUCGCAAGCUCGUCGCGAGCGAGCCUCGAGUGACCGAGCGCAAGCGAUACCUGCAGCCCCUCCGCAGCGACCCGGGAUGGGGAGUCGGACUUCGUCAGCCCCAACAGGUGGAUUACACAAGUUGGAACCAGGCCGCAGGUCGGGACCGAAUGUUGGACACACCCUCAUGGAAGAAGAGGAAGGACCUUCGAAUGGGAGCCGCAAUGCUAAUGCGCCGAAGCGAUCCCGCUCUCGGCAGCCCGGCGACGAGUGUUCUCCGCUGCAGGAACCCUCCAAACCCGGUCUACCGGAAGUGACUAUCGCCGUCGUUGGUCAGGAUAAUGCGGGCAAAUCAAGCUUCAUCAAGUGUGCCUUGGAUAUGAAGAACACCCCGUCGUCCUUCUUAACGAAAAAGAAGAUGUCCUUGGAUGGCUCGGUAUACAUGGUUCGUUUGUUGGAGAUUGAUCUACAGAAAGUCACCUUGAGCCAAGACCAAAGUAUAGUCUGGCCACGAUUGGAGAAAGACGCUGCGCCCCCUGUUGUCGAUGGUGUUUUGCUGCUUCAUGAUGCUACUCAACCUGAUAAUUUCGACGAGGCCAAAGAACUCAUAGAUGCACUUGACGCACCCCAUUCUCCUUCCCCAUUGUUGCUAGUUGCCUGCAAAUGUGAUUUGCGGCCAGAAGACAGCGAAUUGGCUGUGGUCCACGAGCGGCACGAGAUCUACCGAACAUCGCCCGAAUCACCCCGAUCGCAGCAGAUGUGUAUCGCUUUGGUCCUGCGAGCCGUUAUUUCGCAUCGAGCAGACCUCGCCGCUGCGUCUGACCGUAAUCCUAAUCCUCCUUCUUCCCCCGCCCCGCCGCGGACCACCACAAAGUCCUUUCAACCCACUCCUCCCCACGACUGGCAACACUCUCGGUCCAAUUCAUCCACCCCCACCGCCAUAUUCGCAGGAGCCGCUGGCGGCUCGACAAUCUCCGUCUCGGAUCGUGUCGAAGGGAACACUCAUCGUCUGCAAAGCGACCCGGCCAUCCCUUCUAGUCUGGCGCAACAGCAUGCUUCUAGUUCAUCGCGAAAUGCCAGGAGUAAUUCUCAGCCGGUGCGACCGCUCACCCCGCCUUCUGGCGCGCGACUGAACAAUCGUCGACCAUCCGCACAGAUAGACAACUCCCCGAUUCUGGAAACCUGCCACCAACGUACCCCGUCCGCCUGGCGGCAGAGUGAAGCCUCCGACGCCUUUAAUAGCUUUUUGAACAUGGAGGAUGAGAUGGAUAACGGGCAAGCUAUGCACCCGGACAAAGCUCUGCGCCCGAAGCCCAGCAGCGAGAGUAAUUCCAGCGCAGAGUCGGGAUACAGCUUUGACGAACUGGUUGACCGUCUUGUCGCACAACCUAUGUCCAAGCAAGACUCGAAAUUUGUCUCUAUCUUCUUGUGUCUAUACCGAAAAUUCGCCGCCCCGGGGGCGCUUCUCAAUGCCCUGGUCACCAGGUUCGAGAAAAACGAAACUGGCAACAGUGACCAACUCGCCCGCAUGGCAGACCAGCUGCGAUUGCUCAAUGUGAUUGCCCUGUGGGCCUCUGAUUAUCCCGGCGACUUUGCCCACAACAAAACCCGCAAACGAAUCAACGACUUCGUGGCUACUCUCGAGAAGAGCCACUUUUACAUGUUUGCAGCUAAAGAAAUUGGGUCUUAUCUCGACUCUAAUGCUCAAGAUGACGAUGCGGGCUGGGCCUUCAGUGAUGGGGAUACUGAUGAAACCAGCCCCACAGAAACUUUCUUCGACAACUCCGGGCGGAGUUCGCCGGCCCCGUUCCUGACAGGCACAUAUGACGAUGGCGACGACGAUGAUGAGGAAGAAGAUCCCAUUUAUAGUAUGAGUAAUCUGGACCUCAGUGAUGGCCCCCAUGACUCGACAUCACGCCUCUCGGGAACAUUAUCCAUUUCAUCAAACACGGACAAGCCCUCCAGUACAAUGAACCAAUCAUUCUCGCUCUUGACAGUGGAGGCUUCGCAAAAGGAAGCCCUGCGCCUAGAGCUGAACUCGCGAACCAUGCUCACGAAAAUCCAAUGGCGAUACUUUAUGGAAACGCCCGAUGAAGAUUUUGCGCGAGAGUUGACCCGAAUCGAUUGGAUAAUGUAUAACUCAUUCCGACCUCGAGAUCUGGUGCGCCAUGUGAGCCUAUCGGGCGUGGAGAAGGAUAAGAUCAAGAGCUUGCACAACGUGAACAGGAUGAUCCGACAAUUCAAUCACCUUGCCUUCUUUGUGGCAAGCAUGAUUCUUCUUCGUGACAAACCCAAGCACCGAGCAAAGAGCCUGGAGAAGUUCAUGUCAAUCGCUGUCAAACUGCGCCGCCAAAACAAUUACAACUCUUUGGGUGCACUCAUUGCUGCCAUCAAUGGUACCCCUGUCCACCGUCUGACACAGACGCGGGACUUGAUUCCCAUACAAAACCAGAAGGAUUUCAUGCGCCUUGUCAUCCUUAUGAGCACCCAGCGAAGUCACUUCGCUUAUCGCCUCGCGUGGGACAACUCUUUCUCUGAACGGAUUCCUUUCCUCCCGCUUCAUCGCCGUGACUUGGUCUCUGCGGAAGAGGGCAACAAAACAUUCAUCGGCGAGAACAAAUCUCGUAUCAACUGGAAGAAGUUUGAAGUCAUGGGCGAGGUAGUCCUUGGUAUCCAGCGCAGCCAACAGUCACCUCACCCUCAGGCCCAAAAGUUCGACGAUAUUGAACGAAUGAUCCUCGACUCGAAGUUGUCGGGCGACGAAGAGGACUUAUAUGCCCGCAGUCUUCAGGUUGAGCCAGCCACCGGCAGCGAGGCCGGCCGUAAGAAGUUCGGCUGGUUACGCGCAUAG